AUGGCAACUCAAAACGAUAGGAUUAAGUUUAAUGUUGGUGGUAAGAUCUUUGAAACCACCGCCACAACGCUCGCAAUCACCGGCCGACAAUCGUACUUCGGAGCCAUGUUUGACGAGAAUUCGGACCUUCAAAUGAAUCCGGCCGGCGAAGACUUCAUUGAUCGGAGCCCAGAUUGUUUUUCAGUCCUCUUAGACUUAUUACGAACUGGGGAGCUUUACAUUCCGGCAAAUGUACCCGAAAAGCUUCUCUACCGAGAAGCACUGUUUUAUGGUCUCAUGGACCAAGUUCGUGCAGCAAAAUGGGGACAAUUUGAUGGCAACCGUCUUCAGCCAUCAAAGUCUGUCACCGGGUGGGCACCCGGUGAUGGCACGGCGAUCAGAGCAUCGCCUGAUGGCGGCUGCUGUGUGGCACAUGGAAGCAUGGUCCACAUUUAUGAUUGGAUGUUGGAAGAAUAUCCACCAAUCAACCUUGAUUACCAACGAGUGAAUGACGUGGGUUGGGUAGGGUCAGUGGACUCAACCGGGUUAGUGAUCAGCACGUGUCAGCCGCUAGGACGUGACCAAGGUGCGAUCGGAUUGUUUAAUUCGACAAGGGGAGAGUUAAAAUUCCGGUUUAAUGCGAUACACCAAGGUGUUGUUAAAAGUUACACUGCGGGCGCGUUGAGUUUUAAAAAGAGUUGUAACAUGUUUUCGUGUUGUAAAGGUAAAAGCAACGAGGACGGUAUUGGUGUUUGGGACCUAAACACGGGUCAACAACUUGAUUUUUUCUAUAUCCAUCACUUGGAGACGCGGAUAAGCUUCAAUGGUUUAAUGGUUUGA